UGGAGAACGGCUGUGGAAUGUCCCACGUCGGCUUCCGUCCCAGAUGACUCCCACGCUGACGUGAUGGUGCGAUGCUUGGUUCAGUGAGGAGCUCAGUGUAGCAACAGCGUCGUUAAGGCUGCGCCGCUACCGACCUCAGCGGGGUGUGUUUAGUCCGAAUAGCUCGUGCCGUGCAAUGAAACAAACCUGUUUUAGGACACCCUGACACGUCCAGCGUGUUCAAUGCGGGUCAAGGAAGGUCUCGGUGGCCGCUAUGGACACUAAUGACAACAAGGAUGUGAAGUUGUCAGCUGAGGUAGAACCAUUUAUUCCCCAGAAAAAAGGUGUUGACUCUGCCCUGUUCAGCAUGAGUGUGUCUGGAGAGGGAGGAGGCGGAGCCACAGGGGCAGAGCCAGCCCCCAUCCCAUCUUAUCUCAUUACCUGCUACCCCUUUGUACAAGAGAACCAGCCUAGCAGCAGACAGUUGCCUGUGUAUAAUGGGGACCUGCGAUGGCAGCAGCCUACUGCAGGUGCAGGUGGGCCGUUCUUGGCCUACCCCAUCCUGUCCUCACCUCAGCCCCCCGUCUCCAACGAUUACACUUACUAUCAAAUCAUGCCCGCUCCCUGCCCGCCCAUGAUGGGCUUCUACCAGCACUUUCCUGGGCCAUACCCUGCGUCUCUGCAGACUGGCGUGGUGAACCCUGUAUCAGACUGCGACAGGCCCCCCCCACAGGGUCAGGCGUUCGGGAUAGCAGCCCAGAGGGGGCGGGGAAUGCCACGAGCUCCUGUCCUGCCCAAGCAGCAGCAGGUUGCACAGCCAAUGAGAGCCAGGCGGCCAGUGAUGCGUAGCGUGGCAGUGCAGAAGGAAGUGGGUGCCGCAGGGCCUGAUGGGAAAUCCCGCACGGUCCUGCUUGUGGAUGCCGCACAGCAGACUGAUUUCCCAGGUGAGGCGUGCGGUGCAGGUGGGGGCAGCAGGUGCGUGUCGGACAGGGUGAGCCCUCUCCAGUGCCGGGGGAAGGUUCGGCGCCGACGCCCAUCCCAGCCUACCGAGUCCUCCAGUGAGCACGGGGCUAGCGAAGCCGACAUCGACAGUGACAGUGGGUACUGCAGCCCGAAGCACAACCAGGGAGUGAACAACGCCCGCACCACCGACCACACCAACACACUGGGUGUGGAGGCUGGCGUAAUGACUGCAGUUAGCUGGGUGAAUGUAACAUCUCAGGCCACCCAGAAGCCCUGGGCAGACAGAACCUCCCCCUUCCACAGGAGCAAAAUGCCUGACCAGCGAAACUACUCACAGGAGUUCCAGAUGGGUUCUGGUGGCCAUGCAGGAGGAGCCCAGCGGGGGUGUGUGGGGAGCCAGAAAAGCCUCCAGCAGGGCAGCACUCAGACUGCCUCCCACCCUGCCAACCCCCACCACACCCCUGAGCCCCUCUUCUUCCAGGAUGAGGAGGAGUUUCCUGAUUUGACCACUGGGGGCACUGUGCAGCGGAACAAGCCAGACCAAGCCCAGCUCAAAAUGCCCAAACCGCUGCUGGAUAACCUUCCGGAGAAUUCUCCCAUCAACAUUGUGCAGACUCCGAUCCCCAUCACGACGUCAGUGCCCAAGCGAGCGAAGAGCCAGCGUAAGAAAGCCCUCGCAGCUGCCCUGGCCACAGCACAGGAGUACUCUGAGAUCAGUAUGGAGCAGAAGAAACUACAGGAGGCUCUGAUAAAGGCAGCGGGUAGGAAGAGCAGGACUCCGGUGCAGCUGGAUCUGGGGGACAUGCUGGCGGCUCUGGAAAAACAGCAGCAGGCCAUGAAGGCACGGCAGCUCAACAAUACCAAACCCCUCUCAUACACAGUGGGUACGACUGCAAUGUUCCACAGUAAGGAUGUCCUCAGUAAAGGUGUGAUGAAAGCUUCAUACACCCCCCCCCACAACAUGCUGGAUUCUACUGCCCCUCGCAUGAAGAGGGGCAAAGAGAGAGAGAUCCCCAAAGUGAAGAGACCCACUGCUCUCAAGAAGGUGAUCUUGAAAGAGCGUGAGGUGAAGAAGGCCAAGCUCUGUGUGGACCAGCCAUCAGGAGUGGAGGAGCAGCAAGAUGAUGAAUUAAACUUUACAGACACACUCACACAAGAAGGGGUCUCACAGGAGGACAACGGUCUGAGCAUGGCCAGUGAUGCGUCACUGUCUCCAGCCAGUCAGAACUCCCCAUAUAGCAUCACGCCCGUGUCACAGGGCUCACCUGCCAGUUCAGGCAUCGGCAGCCCCAUGGCCACCUCCGCCAUCACCAAGAUACACAGCAGGAGGUUCAGAGAGUACUGUAACCAGGUGCUGAAUAAGGAGAUAGAUGAGAGCGUGACCCUGCUCCUGCAGGAGCUGGUGAGGUUCCAGGAGCGCGUGUAUCAGAAGGAGCCCACCAAAGCCAAAGCCAAGCGCCGUCUGGUCAUGGGCCUGCGUGAGGUCACCAAGCACAUGAAGCUCAACAAGAUCAGAUGUGUGAUUAUCUCCCCCAACUGUGAGAAGAUACAGGCCAAGGGUGGUCUGGAUGAAGCUCUCUAUAAUGUCAUCGCCAUGGCGAGGGAGCAGGAGAUACCAUUUGUUUUUGCACUGGGCCGCAAAGCGCUCGGACGCUGUGUUAACAAACUCGUUCCAGUCAGUGUGGUCGGCAUCUUCAACUACUCAGGAGCAGAGAGCCUGUUUAACCGGCUGGUGUCUCUGACGGAGGAGGCACGGAGGGCCUAUAAGGACAUGGUUUCAGCUCUGGAACAGGAGCAGGCUGAGGAGGCUCUGAAGAACGUUAAGAAGGUUUCUCAUCACAUGGGCCACUCACGCAACCCCUCUGCUGCAUCCGCCAUCUCUUUCUGUAGCGUCAUCUCAGAACCUAUCUCAGAGGUCAACGAGAAGGAAUAUGAAACCAACUGGCGGACAAUGGUGGAGAGCUGUGAUGCUCCAGAGCCUCUGGAGAGUGAUUCCAGUAGUCGAACCCCCAGCGUUGCUAAAGACAGUGAGAGUAACCCACAAGCCCCACCCACAGACCCAACCCCGCCUCAGCCUGCAGCCACACCCACAAAUGGGGCAGGGCGCACAGGAGGUGCAGCCCCGAGCUUGGACCGGGAGGAGGGGCGCGUGGAGGACCGUCUGGAGUGGGCAUCACAGCAGAGCACAGAGACGGGGUCUCCCCACGGGAGUUGCAGGGACCUGCUAAAUUCCUCCAUCACCAGUACCAGCAGCACCCUGGUCCCUGGCAUGUUGGAGGAGGCUGAGGAGGAUGAGGAUGAUGAAGAUGACUACGCGCCCGAACCCAUCCUUGUGGAGGUGCCACCCCUUAGUAGUAUGGUGGAGACAUGGGUGAGCACCACCCUAGAGAACCUGCAGCUGUCCAACAAGAGCCACCACGGUUCUGACGACGAAGAGGAGGAGGAGGAAGAGGAGGAUGUGGGGGCAGUUAGUGAUGAGGAUGAGCUUGACUCAUCUCAUCUCACUGAGCCAUCUGUGGAGGAGAAGCAGAUUCCCGAGUCUCAAAGCAACACUGGCUAAUUGACCACCACACACAGACCACACACAGACCACACACUCCUUCUCCCUCACUUAGCUUGUCUCACACGUUCUUCAAAGCAACAAAAUCUCAGGAAACCGACAGACCAACCACACACACACUUUUUUCCUGUCGCCAUGCCAGCUAGUAUUGGCUACACAUAUACACACACAGCUCAGUUUGCCUCUCUCUUCAUACUUGAACAAAGCAGGUCUUAAACUAGGCCACGCGUGUGUGUUCGGGGCCAUGCUGCAAUAUCUUGGUCGUCUUCUGCUUCUGCAACAUCAGCAGGAUCCAUGAUUAGGCUGAGGCUCGUACUCUUGGACAUCAGUGGUAUCACAAGCAAACUCACUCUUAGACACACCCAUCCAGACACACCACCAUACAAACACGACUCUUCGUCCACCUUGGACGCUUAAAACAUCCUCAGUUUUUACUCUCUGUUGCGUA